AUGGCCGACUUUCGUCACGCCCUCGACUGGUUCGCCAUUUAUCCUCAGCAUCCCCUCUACGGACGCGCGACACCAGCAGUUCCCCCAGACGCUGGGAAAUACUGGCGUGUUGACGCUAUCAAGGGGGUUCAGAUCGUCGGUGACGUGCACGUCAAGAACGGGUCGGAGCGCUACACGGUCGUCACUGUGCCCGCCGACCACCCGAUCCGCGGGCUCAAGGCCAAGCUGAAUGGAGACAUCUCGCCCAUUUCCAAGCGCGUCGGCCGGCCUCUUCGUGUCAUCAUGCGGCUGGCCCAAUUGCACGAGGAACUUGCGGAUUACCCAUCACCGUAUUGUAGGCCAGCCACGGCCCUCAUGCGCAGUCUGCACAAGAGCACAAAGGGUGAGUUGCCUCAUUACUUUUUCAGUCUUCCCCGUGAUGGGCUGCCUCACACCAACCAGGUCCUUGUCGUCCGCGCCGACGACAAAGACCUGUCCGUCGACGACGUCAGGGCGAUGGUGUGCUUUUCCGAUUCCACUUGCAGCGAGGUAUUCCGGGCUGUCGCUUCCACAACCAUGAAUGAUAAACCGCGCAUGGAGGCUGCCAUGCAGAGAGCGCUAGACUUCAUGACUUGGGACAACUACCUCCUGGCGUUCGACGAGCUAGGAAUUCCCCGGCCCCAGCGACCAGCGGAGGAAGCAUUCGUUGACAUGCGCGACCGGGCCACUCCUGACGACGUGGAAGAUGAGUAA